CCGGGGCUGACGCGCCUCGCUACCGGCCAGGUCUUAAAAAGCCGGCCAGUGCGGGUGGCAUCCCAGAGGAGCCGAAGAAGAGGCUGGUGGCGCUGUCGGGAGGCCGCGAGCUGAGCUGUCACUGUGGUUGAGCAUCCCUGGGCUUCCUGGGGCGACAGGCGGGCUGAGGGCGCAGUCCAAGCCGCACGCAACUCGCUGCGAUCCCCAGCACGGGCGCGCGUCCGGGACUCGGCACAAAGCACGUUCCCCGGAGCAGUGCCUGGAGCGCCCGGGCCGCGUGUGGGCGGACGCACGCCCGGCCUUUUCUUUGUUCCCGGGGUGCGCAGCCGCUCCUGUCCCCCUAGUCCCAUCUCCUCCCGGGCUGGCGGGUCUCCGAGUGCCGUAGCGAAGAUGCCCUUGGAACUAACCCAGAGCCGGGUGCAGAAGAUCUGGGUGCCCGUCGAUCACCGACCCUCGCUGCCCAGAUCUUGCGGGCCGAAGCUGACCAACUCCCCCACGGUGAUCGUCAUGGUGGGCCUUCCAGCCCGGGGGAAGACCUACAUCUCCAAGAAGUUGACUCGCUACCUCAACUGGAUUGGUGUUCCAACAAAAGUGUUCAACGUGGGGGAGUACCGGCGUGAGGCCGUGAAGCAGUACAGCUCGUACAACUUCUUCCGCCCCGACAACGAAGAAGCCAUGAAAGUCCGCAAACAGUGUGCCUUAGCAGCCUUGAGAGACGUCAAGAGUUACCUGACCAAGGAAGGCGGAAAGAUUGCGGUUUUUGAUGCCACCAACACUACUAGAGAGAGGAGACACAUGAUCCUUCAUUUUGCCAAAGAGAAUGACUUCAAGGCAUUUUUCAUUGAGUCCGUGUGUGAUGACCCAACAGUUGUGGCCUCCAACAUCAUGGAAGUUAAAAUCUCCAGCCCGGAUUACAAAGACUGCAACUCCGCAGAGGCCAUGGAUGACUUCAUGAAGAGAAUCAACUGCUAUGAAGCCAGCUACCAGCCCCUCGACCCCGAUAAGUGCGACAGGGAUUUGUCGCUGAUCAAAGUGAUUGAUGUUGGCCGGAGGUUCCUGGUGAACAGAGUUCAGGACCACAUCCAGAGCCGGAUCGUGUACUACCUGAUGAACAUCCACGUGCAGCCUCGCACCAUCUACCUGUGUCGGCACGGCGAGAAUGAGUACAACCUCCAGGGCAAGAUCGGAGGUGACUCGGGCCUGUCCAGCAGAGGCAAGAAGUUCGCCAGCGCGCUGAGCAAGUUCGUGGAGGAGCAGAACCUGCAGGGCCUGCGCGUGUGGACCAGCCAGCUGAAGAGCACCAUCCAGACGGCCGAGGCGCUGCGGCUGCCCUACGAGCAGUGGAAGGCGCUCAACGAGAUCGACGCGGGCGUGUGCGAGGACCUGACCUACGAGGAGAUCCGGGACGCCUACCCCGAGGAGUUCGCCCUGCGCGAGCAGGACAAGUACUACUACCGCUACCCCACGGGCGAGUCCUACCAGGAUCUGGUCCAGCGCCUGGAGCCCGUGAUCAUGGAGCUGGAGCGCCAGGAGAAUGUGCUGGUCAUCUGCCACCAAGCCGUCCUGCGUUGUCUGCUGGCCUAUUUCCUGGACAAGAGCGCAGAGGAGAUGCCGUACCUGAAAUGUCCCCUUCACACUGUCCUAAAACUGACACCCGUGGCUUAUGGGUGCCGUGUGGAAUCCAUCUACCUGAACGUGGAGUCGGUGAGCACACACCGGGAGAGGUCGGAGGCUGUCAAAAUGCAACACUUUGCCAGUGUAGUCAGACCAUCCUCUUACACCGAACUUGACUUACUCUCUGUGGAGUCCGCAAAACAGGAUGCAAAGAAGGGACCUAACCCACUCAUGAGACGCAAUAGUGUCACCCCACUAGCCAGCCCCGAGCCCACCAAAAAGCCUCGCGUCAACAGCUUUGAGGAGCAUAUGGCUUCCACUUCUGCUGCCCUGCCCAGCCGCCUGUCCCCGGAGGUUCCCACGCAGCUGCCCGGACAACCUUUGCUAGGGAAAGCCUGUCUACGAACAGUCUGUCACAUUUUCUCAAAGUUUUCUCCUUACUAACCUUGGAAAGAACGUGAAGGGCUCCUCCCGGAAGCACUGAAGCGGACCCUCGGCUCCAGCCCAUCCCCAUCGCGACGCCUCGCCUUGUGCCUCUGUCUCCCCGCGGCCCGACGACCCCGGGAAGGUCUCGGGGGCCGGGCUUGGGUAGGGGAGAAGGGAGGUCUGCUGGUUGAAGAGCAGCUGGUCGCCCGCAGCGUGGACAUGGCUGAGACCCCGCAGAGUUGUGGCCGCCGGACCCCGUGCUGCAGACCCCCUUCCCUCCCGGUGCUUCCCGCGCGGCAGUGGUCGGGAGCCCGGGAGGAGGUGACCGGGCCCUGGCUGGACACUGCACUUGCUCUUUGGUUUCUGUGGGUCCCUGGCCUGGCGUGACGGUGGCUGGAGAGAAGAGUGGCCGAGUGUCCUCAAAGGAAGGGUGGCUCAGUCACCGAAGGCUCGGGAUGUUCAAACACGUCUGUGCAUCUCGGCCUGGGAGGGUGCCUCAUGAUUAGGACUUGGGGUGUCUUCUGAGCGGGGCUCGCUCCUCUGAGAAGUCCCUGACUUGAGGCCCCCCGGUCAGCUGGGCAGUGACGUGCCCUGUCUCCUCCACACACCUCCUGUGCCCUGAGCUCAGGGGUGCACUGGCUGCGCUGCUGAAGGGGACACCUGGACCUCUUCUCCCGGGGGCCUGGACCCCUGUCCUUCCGCCUGGGUCGGCGGUGCCUGGGGGAGUCAAGCUCCCGGGAACGCUUGCUUUGCACUUUCUUUGUGUGUGGCAGAAGUUGGACCCGAAAGUCACACCUUUCGUCAGGAACUUAGGUGUUGGGGCGCUUGACCCUUGGGGGCUAGGAGCUGCUGAGGCGAUGAGCUGGAUGUGCCCCUAAGACGCAGUUUGGGAUUUUGUGGGCAGCAGAUCACCCAGCCUUCGUCACCACGUUUCCCAGGAGGCGACCAUGGCCCAAGAAAGGCUCGGUCCAGGCCUGCUUCCUCCUCGGAGGCUGUCUCCACGUCUUGUCGAGUGUCUGCUGUGUGCCUGGUGCCCAACUCUCUGUACCAACUUCCACAAGCUCAUAACAUCGUCCGUGCCUUGGCUUCAUGGCGACCUUUUUUGUAAGAGUCGAAAGCGGGGUAUGGGGAGUGUGGUUCUUCCCACAGUUCUGCUGGUUCCUCUCCUUUAUUGUCUCCGCCCUGGGGCAGGAGGGGGUGUCUUAAAUCCAGAAGAAACUAGUGGGAGCUCUCCCUAGAGUUUGUCCAGGAAGGAUGCCUCACAGCUGGCGCCAAAGCUCCCUUUGGUUUCUGUGUUCUGCUUGUGAGCCCUGGAGUCCUACCCAGCCCACACCGGGCCCGGGAUCAGGCUUGAGGACUCAGACACCUGACUUUGGGAGUAGAGAGAAGAGCUAAUUUUUGUUCAUUUGGGGGGAGAUCUUUUAAAGAAUACCCAUUUCCCUCCACUGGAAUGAGGUGGACACAGGGACACAUUUCAGAGAUAGGUAACAUUCGCGUUUUUAACACCAAACCAUUCAAACCCGCCCUGCCCAGUCCACCCACUUUUGAUUGGCAAUCCACCAGAGAAGAGGAUACACACACACACACUUCUGUGGGUGGCUAAGGACUUGGCCAUUUUCUGUCUCUUCCAGUGUCCUGAGUCUUGGCAGACUGUAGUGCACGCACAUGUGGACAUGUUCAGGCUGGUCAUACUGUUCGACGCAAAGCACUUGCAGCUUUGCUUUUUUUUUGAG